GCGGUGAGGAGCGGUCGCUACGCGCGUUGUUUUGUCUGUGACGAUGUCAGUGCUAGUGAAACUUAGUGCUUGGAUUGUUUGAUCGCCUUUUGAAUACUAUUUUGGUGACAAAGAAGGCGUUAUAAAAAGGACAUAAUAAAUGAAAAAGACAGAAAUAUAAAUGAACUAUUAGUGAAACAAAUGAAUGCCCAGGAUGUGCCGGUUCGGAACCAUGAAUAAUUGAGGAUGAAUUCUUUUCUGGAUGAGGAACCGUGAUCAAAAUGAGGACUGAAUUCUUUCCCGGUUCGAAUGAAACCGUGUGCAUAAUGCAUGAUGACUGAGUAUUUCUAUUCUGGUACGGGCGAAACCUCGUGAAGAUGAGAACGGAAAGGUCUUUCUUUUGGUCCAUGCUGCAGGCGUUGACGCUGCUACCGACCAUGGCUUUGAAAGACUCACAGACAACCAAGCGGUUUACAGAGGAGCCGGCCUUCGAGCGGCCGAUCGGCAACCACACGUUCUUUCUCGGGCGGGAAGCGGUGCUGGGCUGCUCUGUCACAAACCUCGGGAAACAUAAAGUCGGCUGGCUUCGGGCCGAAGACCAGACCGUGCUGACGAUGCACGAGCGAGCGGUCCUCGGGUCCAGAUACGCCGUGAGCCUGGACUCGCCGAGGACUUGGCAGUUGCGGAUCAGGCCGCUCCGGGCCGAGGACCGCGGCUGCUACAUGUGCCAGAUCAACACGCAGCCGCUGACGUGGCAGAUCGGCUGUAUUGAUGUGUUUGUUCCCCCCGACAUCGUCAGUGACGACACCUCCGGAGACGUAUCAGUCCAGGAGUUGGAGAACGCGACGCUGACCUGCAAGGCCACCGGCCACCCUCCGCCAAAGAUCACGUGGAGGCGGGAGGACCACGAGCCGAUACUGCUGAAGAAGCCGCUGUCGCGUGACUUCGAUAAAGUAGAGAGCUACGUGGGCAGCUCCAUGCCGCUUUGGCGCGUGGACCGGCGGCAGAUGGGCGCGUUCCUCUGCAUCGCGUCCAACGAUGUCCCACCGGCCGUCAGCAAGCGGAUCACGCUGAAUGUCAACUUUGCACCUACAGUGAAAGUGCCAAACCAGCUGCUAGGAGCCCCGCUGGGCACGGACGUGAAGCUCAAGUGCUACGUGGAGGCCUACCCCAACACCAUCAACUACUGGAUCAAGAACAGAGGAGAGAUGCUGCUUGAUGGACCCAAAUAUACGAUACGGGAAGAGAAGACGUCAUACAAGGUGUCAAUGUGGCUGACGAUACGUCAGUUCGCGAAGAGCGACAUCGGGACUUACAACUGUGUCAGCACCAACUCGCUGGGCAAGAGCGAGGGGACUCUUAGACUAUAUGAAAUUAAGCUCAAUUCAUACAGCGAGGAUUUUGGUAAUCAGAUCAGCGUCGCUGGAGGUCUAACAGAGGCAGCUAAGGGCAAGUCUACCUGUCAGAACAGGACACUGUUGGUUCUAUUGCUCUGUAUAACAUUAAGGUUUCUCAUGUAAAGUACAUAGUACUACAGUUACAUAAGCCGACACGACUUACGAUUUAUCGUAACGAUUAGGGGUGUAAGCCGACAUGUAAAAUUUAUCGGUCUUGAGUUUCAAAACAAAUAAUAUAUAAUAUAGCUAAUGGAUAUUUAAAAAAGUAUACAGUGGGACUAUCCUAACGAUUUCCUACACAAAUAAGAAAUCAACAGAUGCGCACUCUGGGUGUAUUGGCAUUAUUUUCGCUACAUGGUAGAAAGAGAGGGGGAUAUUACUUUUUCUACUACCCCGCGCCAGCGAUGUACUCUCAAUCCCUCCUUAAUUUUCGUUCGCGUGACGAAUCUUGACGCGAUGUUUACCCAUCCCAAGAAAAGCCGCUUAAGAUAAUUUUACUUCAAAACUGAUGCAAAAAAACAUUCAAUCGUUACGAUAAAUCGUUAGUCGUGUAGCUUUAGAUUUUAAUGUAAAUAUUUCGGCCUACACGGACGUUUCUACGAAGAUUUUAUAGUUUUGUUUAAUUGUAAUGUAAUGGCCUAGCCACGUACCGGCAGUUUGGUACCGUAGAAAAUCUCGUAGAAUAAUCCGUAAGGCCUUAUUAUGUGCCAUUUUCAUGUAAAACUUUAUAAAGCUUUUAUCAAACCGAAAAAAUAAAGUACGAAGUUCUUGAAACUGUGAUGUUUUGAGUUCAGGACAUUAAGGUAGGUAUUUUGUUUGAAAAUUAUGUACACCCAUACAGGAAGCCAUAAGCAAACAAACUAGUAAAUGUAUUGUUAGUAUAAUUUUAAGCACAACACAUUAUUAAAUACGACAGUGAUUUUUGUUUUCUGAGUUGCUGCGAGUAUUUUGUGGCCCUUUAAAAAAGAGUCAAUAAAAUUGAAUAGAACAAAAAAAAAACAUUUAAAUUCUUUUUAAAUGCUUUUUGACCGAUCUAAUUUUUUCUAACCCAGGAUGCAUUAAGUCUAAAAAACAAGAUCGGAAUUCGGGAAGUUCUAUAAAUACGGUAUGAAGAUUAAGGUAGCAUAAUACGACACCUAAAUAAUAAAAGGAAACCUUACUAAUAAAUUUAGUCGUCUAAUAAAUGAGACGUCCCCUAAAAUUAAGUGUUGGUAAAAACCCAUUAGCUGUUAACAAUGUUACAAAAAUUAAGUUACAAAACAAAAUUUACAUGAAAAUGGGGCCGCUUCAUUCCAUUACGUUGUAAAUAUAAUUAUAAGAUGUAAACAAUAAUUAUAAUGUAAACAAUAAUUGUAAAAUACAACGAUAAUAUUGCCAGUGUACUCGACUCGCUUAGGACAGCCAAAUUGGAGUUUACUUUAUGUAACAUCGCUCGAUUAUAAGACUGUUUACAAUAAAUAAUCCGAAAA